AUGAAAUCGCCGGCGAUGACAGGGCAAACAGGGUCAUCGACGGUGCACCGUCGACAACCGUUGUUACGAACAGAAACUACAACGCCGACGAUGAUGAAUCACUGCGAAACUCUUCGUAAUCGGAAAGGCGAAGUCGCCGGCAGAACGGCGGCGGAGUGCGCGACGGUGUGUUGCUGUCUUCCCUGUGCGAUGAUUCAUUUUCUUAUACUGGCGGUGUAUAAAGUUCCGACGGGAUUGUGCCGGAAAUUAUUGAGGAAGAAUAAACAGAAAAGGCUUUUGAAUAAUAACAAUAAGAAGAUUGAACCCAAAGGCUGCCAAUUAACCGGUGCCGGCGACGGAAAAGAAUCGGAAAACGUCAAUGCCAUCGGCGAAAAGCCGGCGUCGGCGGAAUCGGAAACGGAGAUGUGGGGCCGGUUUUAUGAAGGUGGAUUUUGGAGAAACUCAUCUGAGAAAAAAGAAGAAUAA